AUGAUAUUAUGCGUUGGUGAUAUUGUGCCUCCUACAACUGAGAAAGCAAAGGUUUUAAGGAGAAUAAUUUUCUUUAUAAUUUUCUUACAAAUAUGCUUAGCAUUAGGAAAACUAUAUUACGAUAUGUGGGCAGGUGUAGCAGAAUUCACAUCCGCAUUUAUAUUGUGGUAUUAUUAAGACAUAAUAUAGGUGUGCUUAGGCAUAAUUGAAUUAUUGUAAUUGUGUGAUUUACAUCUUUUUUUGUCUUAUGAACACUUUUCUGAUUGUGGUUAAUUUUUUGACUGAUAUCUAAAAUAAAGUCAACCUCGAAUAGUUAUCAAAUGAUAGUAGAAAUUAGUUUUUGCUCUAAGCAAUUUCUUUAACUUUUUACAUUGUUUCUGUGUACUUCACUUUUUAAGCAUAUAAAGAAUUUAAAGUAAAAAUUAUCUUAAUUUCAGGGGAUUGCAUAUGAUGUAUAUGCAGCAACAACUAAUGAUCAUGUACUAUCAAAAUCAAAUAUAAGAUAACAAAUAGAAAUGCAUAAUUUUGAAAAUUGA